UCCCGAGUCCCAAGAGUGCGGGAUCUCCCAGCCCAGCUGGCAUCUGAGAGGAAGGGCUGCCCGGCACCGCGGUCCGCGGCUCGGGAGGAUGCCAGCGGCUCAAGCGCUCUUACGGGACCAAGGAGCCUGUUUCCAACCCUCUCGCGGCAGCCUGGCGUGCUCAUCCCUGCGGCUGUAGCCGCGGUCCCAGCUGCCACUGAAAUGAGUGCUCCUCGGGUGCCCUCUCGUGGAUGGAGGAGCUAACUGCCUGCGAAUGCCGAGCCAUGGCAACCGCCCUCCCGCACCGCCACCCGCCUGUCCUGGGCAAUGAGACCCUAAAGGAGCAUUACAACUACGUCGGGAAGCUGGCGGGCAGGCUGCAGGAGGCCCCUGAGGGCAGCACGCUCACCACCGUCCUCUUCUUGGUCAUCUGCAGCUUCAUCGUCUUGGAGAACCUGAUGGUUUUGAUUGCUAUCUGGAAAAACAAUAAAUUUCACAAUCGCAUGUACUUUUUCAUCGGCAACUUGGCUCUCUGCGACCUGCUGGCCGGCAUCGCCUACACGGUCAACAUUCUGAUGUCUGGUAGGAAGACAUUCAGCCUGUCUCCGACGGUCUGGUUCCUGAGGGAGGGCAGCAUGUUUGUGGCCCUCGGGGCGUCCACCUGCAGCUUGCUGGCCAUUGCCAUCGAGCGACACUUGACCAUGAUCAAGAUGAGGCCUUACGAUGCCAACAAGAAGCACCGCGUCUUCCUUCUGAUCGGGAUGUGCUGGCUCAUCGCGUUUUCUCUGGGCGCCUUGCCCAUCCUGGGCUGGAACUGCCUGCACAACCUCCCGGACUGCUCCACCAUCCUGCCGCUCUACUCCAAGAAGUACAUCGCCUUCUGCAUCAGCAUCUUCAUAGCCAUCUUGGUGACCAUAGUGAUCCUCUAUGCGCGCAUUUAUUGCCUGGUAAAGUCCAGCAGCCGCAGGGUGGCCAACCACAACAACUCGGAGCGGUCCAUGGCCCUGCUGCGCACAGUGGUGAUCGUCGUGAGCGUCUUCAUCGCCUGCUGGUCCCCACUCUUCAUCCUAUUCCUCAUCGACGUGGCCUGCAGGGUGAAGGUGUGCCCGGUGCUGUUCAAGGCGCAGUGGUUCAUCGUGCUGGCCGUGCUCAACUCCGCCAUGAACCCGGUCAUCUACACGCUGGCCAGCAAGGAGAUGCGGCGUGCCUUCUUCCGUCUGGUCUGCACCUGCCUGCUCAGGGGCCAGGGCGCCCGUGCCUCACCCACCCAGCCCGCUCUUGACCCGAGCAGAAGCAAAUCAAGCAGCAGCAACAACAGUAGCCACUCCCCGAAGGUCAGGGAAGACCUGCCCCACGCAGCCACCUCAUCCUGCAUCGCUGACAACCAACCACUGCAGAAUGGGAUCCUUGGCAAGUGAACGUCUCCGUGCGCCAGCCGGCAGCCAAGCACUUAUUUAUUGCAUGCAUCGCUUCCACCUGGGCCCUUUAAGAACUGUGACUGGGAAGAUCUACUUCAUUUUGCCCAAGUCUGCCCAGCAUGGUGUCUCCUAAGGAAGGGACCCAAGGCAUCUCCAGUGCAUUUCAGAAUGAACUGCUGUCUGGCUCCGGCUCCGGAGUCUUCUGAAUGUACCAUGCUGCUGACGUCAUCGGCCGCUUUCCAGUGAAUCCCUGACGCUGCUCUCUGAUCCUGGAGAGGGGAGGUCGUGGGCUGCACAACGCUGUGUAUUUCUCAGUGUCCCUCUGGAUGAUGUUUUGAUAACUGUAAUCAACACUUAUUGUGUAUAGAAGGAUGUUACACGAGAACGUGUUCUAGGCAUUUGCCCCGCGGUACUCACAUAGUUAUACGACAGGUUAUACAAGGGCCUUCUGACUCAACACCCAGGUACAAGGACAUGGCUGUGACUUAGGUGGUGACUUGCUAUUCCCAGUCUUUGCCAACUGACAUGAAAUCUUGCAUUAAGCAAGUUUUUGAAGGCCCAAAUUCCCCAAAAGGAAACCUCUAAGGCAACAGCCCCAGAUGUGUGGGUCUGACCCAAACCAGCCCUGUGUUUCUCCAGUCAUAUGUCCCUGCACAAUUUUAGGCACAUCCCAAAGCCAAAUCGUAUGAUUUGGGGAUUUCUGCAAAUCACUGCAAAGCUGGACAAGAUCUUCCAGAAGCCUGUUCCCCAAGACCAGCUCAAGAAAAGAACCCAAGAUGAAAAGUGGGAGCAGACAGCUGGCCUGCUAACCAGGUCACUGGGGUAGUGACCAGAUUCCUGUAACAGAGGGUGCCCCCGGAAUGAGGACAGUUUACAGCAGCACUUUGAUUCUAUAUCAGGAAAGUAACAAGUCAGAAAUCCUCAUGGUGUCACCGCUGAGUGGCAGGGCUUGUCAGCAGUCUCACAGCUUCCUGAGAGAUGGAACUGAUCAUGAGAGUAGUUUGUCAGGUUAGGAGAUGUGAUCUGGCAGUUCAUGCGUUCUUCCAGGAGAUGUAUUGUAAUCAUAUCUACAUGAUACUGUAAUUUUACUUUUCGACAGAAGUUGAACCUGUACCACUCCAUUUACCUUAUAAAGGGAUUACUCAGAAGACAUUUUUGUACCUUCUAUUCCCUCCAAAACUCAUGCAAUACAAAUAGAUGAAAAGAAAGCAUGUUUGUAGACAAGUACAGAGCUGCUGUGUUGAGUUCUUUAGAAGAACAAGAACAAAAACAAUGAACCUUCAAAACGAUUCUUAGUUGAGUGAUCCCCUCAUCGGAGUCCCCUAAAGCUUUUUUUAGGUCCAGUGAGAAUUUUGCCUGAGUAAAACUUAAAAAAAUAGUCUUAGCACAUUAGUAAUGUUUUCUAAGAGAAAUUGAUUUUUGUAUCUGAUACAAGUUGCUGUUACCAAGGAACAUUUCCAGGGGUUCCAGGUGACCUCCAUGGACUGACCAAAGACUUUUCUAAUUCUUUGCUAUUGAAGAGAUAAAACCCAAUUGUGAGGAGAUGCUUAUUAGGGGAGUUUUUGUGUUGUCUUCUCCACAUCACUAAAAAGUAGCAUAUCAUGUUAUCAAAUAGCAUGAGAAAACCCAGGGCGUUUCUAAAAAGUAAAGCAUUAAGGUACUGGGUUAAUAAAGACAAAAUACACCUGGAAGCCAAAAUGUUUGGUACCACAUUUUCACAUUGGCGUGAGGCAACUAGAACUUUAUGCUAUGGUUGUGAGCUGCUUUGAGGGACUUUGAUGUCUCUGUUGCUGAUAUUAAAUAAUACUUUGUUCCCAAUAUCUUGUAGCUUUAACCCUUCUCAGGAACCCACAUGAACCAUUCCCACUAGGAGGCAUCCACGCUCGUGGUAUGACAUAAGGCUCCUUUGCAAUAACACAAGACUGCCCCCCACCCCCCCACCCCAGCCUUUUUUUGUUUAUUUGUUUUGUUUUGCAGUUUGGGGCCAGGACUGGGUUUGAACCCACCACUCCGGUAUAUGGGGUUGGCCUUCUACUCCUUUGAGCCACAGGCGCCACCCAGUAACACAAGACUUUUAAGCAAUCUGAAUGACAAAUACGCCCAAACUGUAAUUGUGCUCAUUCAAUAUAUGCAAAAACUAACCACCUUUGAUAGAAAUACUAGCUAUGCAGCUGGAGGUAAUUUAGCAGCUGAGUGUUUCAAAGCCCUAACCCUGAAGUUUAGAAACAGAUGACCUUAUUAUCACCACAGCAGAGAAAAUACAUGUGAGAUUUCUUUUCAGUUAUUAACCUUUACUAUUUCCAGUGUAUGUUUGUUAAAAAAAAAAUAAAAAAUAAAAGCCACUCUUGGGAGUCCAUGUGGUGGGACUGUUCUAUCGUUUUUUAUGAUCCCCCCAACCCAGCAGUGCCUCUCACCUCCUGCCUGUGUUUCUCAGUAUUUUGGAAAUUAAACCACAUUGAAAACCCCCAAUAACCUGUUUCCCUUCUAUUCCUCCACUAUCAUAGACGGUACUGUAAUGAAGCUCUGCUGUACUGGGCACUAUUUACACAAUUUUGAUCAGACUGUUUUGAUGAAGUGUACUUGACAGCUAUUUGUUAGGGAGAAACUUGUAAGACCUGAGGCAAUAAAAGCAUGGCCCAAAGA